GCUUCCCCAGCUGAGUAAACCGCUCUGCUUUAGGAUUUCUGCUGGCUGCAGGCUGCGUGGGAAGCACCCGGGGAGACCCUCCAGACACGCAAUGGAGGCAGUGAUCUUUGAGGAUGUGGUUGUGAGGUUCACCAUGGAGGAGUGGGAUUUGCUGAAUCCAUCCCAAAAGAAGCUCUACAGAGAUGUGAUGGGGGAAACCUUUAGGAACAUGGCUGCUGUAGGAAGAGCCUGGGAUAACCAGGAACUUGAAGAUGAGCACAAAACUUACUGGAGAAAUCUAAGAAAUAAAGCCUGGAAUCAAUAUAAGGAAAUAUUCCUUUGGACUCCAGAUGCUAACAUGGACAUGAAAAAUACUGGUUUAAAGCCAGCUGAGAGCCUUACUCAUAGAAAGCCCCUGAUUGGGCAUUUGUCCCUAGAUGUACCCAUCAUAACUCACACUGCACUGAAGCCAUGUGAGUAUUUGGGAUAUGAAGAAAAGCUGUGUAAGCAUAAUGAGCAUGGAAGAACCUGCAGUGAUUUCCAGUCCUGUCAGAAGCAUGCAAGGACAAAGGCUGGAGAGAAACCCUAUGAAGGUGGUCAAUGUGGGAAAUCCUAUCCUGAUCUUAGUGAAGGAACUCACCUUAGAGAGAAGGCCUCUCUGUGUAAGAAAACAUUGAAAGCCUCCAGCACACCUAAUGAUGUUCAGAUACACGAAAGAAAUCACAGUGGGGGGAAAUGCUAUGUAUGUAAGCAAUGUGGGAAGGCUUUCACCAGACACAGUGCAUGUAAAAUACAUGAAAGAAUUCACAUGGGGAAGAAACCUUAUGUAUGUAAGCAAUGUGGGAAAGCUUUUAGUACACAGGGUUAUUGUAAAAUACAUGAAAGAAGACACACUGGGGAGAAACCCUAUUUAUGUAAGCAAUGUGGGAAAGCUUUUAGCACACGUAGAUAUUGUGAAAUACAUGAAAGAACUCACACAGGGGAGAAACCCUAUGUAUGUAAGCAGUGUGGGAAAGCUUUCAGUGCACAGUCUUAUUGUAAAAUACAUGAAAGAAUUCACACUGGAGAGAAACCCUAUGUAUGUAAACAAUGUGGGAAAGCUUUCAGCAGGCAUAGAACAUGUAAGAUACAUGAAAGAAAUCACACUGGGGAGAAACCCUAUGCAUGUAAGCAAUGUGGGAAAGCUUUCAGCACACGCUGUGCUUUUCAAAUACACGAAAGAAGUCACACUGGGGAGAAACCUUAUGUAUGUAAGCAAUGUGGGAAAGCUUUUAGCACACACAUUCAUUGUCAAAGACAUGAACAAAUUCACACUGGGGAGAAGCCCUAUAUGUGUAAGCAAUGUGGGAAAGCUUUCAGUACGCGUGGUGCUUGUCAAAGACAUGAAAGAAGUCACACUGGUGAGAAACCCUAUGUAUGUAAGCAAUGUGGAAAAGCUUUCACUAGACACAGUGCAUGUAAAAUACAUGAAAUAACUCACACAGGGGAGAAACCCUAUGUGUGUAAGCAGUGUGGGAAAGCUUUCAGCACACAUGGAUAUUGUGAAAUACAUGAAAGAACUCACACUGGGGAGAAACCCUAUGUAUGCAAGGAAUGUGGGAAAGCUUUUAGUACACACAGUUACUGUAAAAGACAUGAAAGUACUCACACUGGUGAGAAACACUAUGCAUGUAAGCAAUGUGGAAAAGCUUUCAUCAGACACAGUACAUGUAAAAUACAUGAAAGAAUUCACACAGGGAACAAACCCUAUGUCUGUAAGCAAUGUGGGAAAGCUUUCCGGACACAUACGUAUUGUCAGAUACAUGAAAGAACUCACACUGGGGAGAAACCCUAUGUAUGUAAGCAAUGUGGGAAAGCUUUCAGGACACAGAGUCAUCGCAAAAUACAUGAAAGAAUUCACACUGGUGAGACACCCUAUGGAUGUAAGCAAUGUAUGAAAGCUUUCCACACAUGUGCUUUACAAAGACAUGAAAGAAGUCACACUGGAGAGAAACCAUAUGUAUGUAAGCAAUGUGGAAAAACUUUCAGCAGGCACAGUGAAUGUAAAAUUCAUGAAAGAAUUCACACUGGGGAGAAACCGUACGUAUGUAAGCAAUGUGGGAAAACUUUCCACACACGUGGAUAUUGCCAAAUACAUGAAAAAACUCACACUGGGGAUAAACCCUAUGUAUGUAAACGAUGUGGGAAAGCUUUUAGGAGUCACCGUGGUUUUCAAACACAUGAAAGAACUCACACCAGGGAGAAACCCUAUGUAUGUAAGCAAUGUGGGAAAGCUUUCGGUGCACAGAGUUAUUGCCAAAUACAUGAAAGAAUUCACACUGGUGAGACACCCUAUGGAUGUAAGCAAUGUGGGAAAGCUUUCCACACAUGUAGUGCUUUACAAAGACAUAAAAGAAGUCACACUGGAGAGAAACCCUAUGUAUGUAAGCAAUGUAGAAAAACUUUCAGCAGGCACAGUGAAUGUAAAAUUCAUGAAAGAAUUCACACUGGGGAGAAACCGUAUGUAUGUAAGCAAUGUGGGAAAACUUUCCGCACACAUAGAUAUUGCCAACUACAUGAAAAAACUCACACUGGGGAUAAACCCUAUGUAUGUAAACAAUGUGGGAAAGCUUUUAGGAGUCACCGUGGUUCUCAAAUACAUGAAAAAACUCACUCUGGGGAUAAACCCUAUGUAUGUAAGCAAUGUGAAAAAGCUUUCAGUACCCAGCGUUAUUAUAAAGGACAUGAAAGAAUUCACACUGGGGAGAAACCCUAUGCAUGUAAGCAAUGUGGGAAAGCUUUCAGCACACAUGGUGUUUCUCAGAUACACAAAAGAACUCACACUGGGGAGAAACCCUAUGUAUGUAAGCAAUGUGGAAAAGCUUUCAGUACACAGUCAUAAAACACAUGAAGUCAUAGCAGGGAGAAACCCUAUGUAUGUAAGCAAUUUGGAAAAGGUUUCAGCUGGCAGAGUGGAUGUAAAAUACAUAAAAGAACUCACACUGAGGAGAAACUCCAUUUACAUUAACAAUGUGGAAAAGCUUUCAAUACAUAUAUGCAUUAGUGAAGUCUCAUUGGAAAGAAACUGUAUGUAAGCCUGUUUUGAGAAUCUUGUGGAAAUUUCUCAUGUAGUGGAAAUCUGUAGAAAUGAUUAAUACAAAACGUUUGAUGUUAAUAUUUCAUAAAAUGUCUAGAAAAUACAAUUCCGGAUGAA